CAUGUAACUUGUACUUUCUCUCUGGUUCAUAAUUUUUGCUGUGUUUUAUUUUAAAUUCAAACUGCAAUCCUGACAAGAACUAUGAAAACGAGGGAAUAGAAAGCAAGAAAUAUAUAGUUCGAAAAAACAGAAAUAUAUACACAUAAUGCGACAGUAAAAUGACUAAGCUGCCCCUAGGAAUUCCUACUGUUCCCAACCAAAUUGCCAUUCCAACCCUUCUUCGGUUACCUUUUCCCCAUUCGUCUUACUUGUCGGCGACCGCUCAAACUCCGGCGGGCACCUCAUUGUCGGCGUCUUCUGUCCCCUGCUCCCAUACAUUGCUCCCGCUUUCGCCACAUACUUCCCCCUCCUCUCUCCUCCUCGCCGUGCCGGAGCUUGACGGUUCCACCACCGACGGCAAUUGCUCCGUUGACCUCUCCAUGACUUCAUCUUCUCGUCUGCGCAUCGAGCACAAUGGAUAUGGGGAAAGUGCGUUCCUCAACAAGUUUCUCUUGGGCGCCCUUUCUCGUGCGCCUCGCCCUCCGGCGUGCCCUCAUCUGCAGCAACUCCACCGUGUGCGGUGGCUGCUGUCGGUUCUGGAGGAGGUAUGGUGGCCCUCCAUGGCCGACGCGGAGCUCGAGAGUGCCAUGGCGGUCGGGUGAUCUCCAUGGAUCUGCCUCAAGCUCCAUGGCAGCAACGUUACUGGCUGGAGGCGGAGACUCUAAAGAUGGAAAAGGAAGGAGGUAGAAGAAGGCGUUUUCGUCCUAGAAAUCAGAGACACGCCAAUUGAUUCGCCUUCAUAGUCAAUUCUGAAGUCAUAAUGCAAAGUUGAUUCAACUACACGAAACACCACAUGCUUCGACUACUAUAAGACAGCAGCAAAGGCUAUCAAGUCAACUAACCCAUUUUGAGAUGGAUGAUAUUGGAAGAGAGGCAACCUCAUCGUCUCAGCAUCCAGAUUUACCCUCGUCUGUGAAUGAUGAGCAUUCCGACGAGUUUGAGUUAGAAUUGCCAGUGAAACAGCACCAGGAUAGUGCUGCAGACACUGAUCAUGUGCCCGAAAACAUGUUCCUUUACAGCAGCAAGUUAGGAGCUUUGAAGAGGCGUCAGUUCUUCGACAAUAUGCUAAAGAACGUUCAAGAUGACCACCAUCGUUUCCUGCACAGACAAAAGGAAAGAGUGGAAAGAGUUGAUGUCAAGUUGCCAGCAAUAGAGGUGAGGUACAACAAUCUAUAUGUGGAAGCAGAGUGCAGAAUUACUAACGGAAUUCAUCUGCCGACGCUAUGGAAUAGUACUAAGGGAGUUUACUCAGGCCUUGUAAAGUUGCUGGGUUUAAAGGCAGAAAGAGCAUCAAUCAACAUUCUUGAAGAUGUGAGUGGAAUCAUAAAACCCUGCAGAUUGACUCUUCUACUGGGACCUCCAGGAUGUGGCAAAAGCACUCUGUUGCGAGCUCUCGCCGGAAAACUAGAUAAAUCUCUAAAGGUAACAGGAGACAUUUCUUACAAUGGUUACCAACUCGAUGAAUUUGUACCUGAGAAAACAGCUGCUUAUAUCAGUCAAUAUGAUUUGCACAUACCUGAUAUGACAGUGAGGGAAAUUUUAGACUUCUCAGCUCGAUGUCAAGGUGUGGGUAGAAGACCAGAAAUACUCGAGGAGGUGAGCGUAAGGGAGAGUGCAGCUGGGAUCAUACCUGAUGCGGACAUAGAUCUAUACAUGAAGGCAAUAGCAGUUGAAUCUUCAGAAAGAAGCCUACAAACAGACUACAUAUUGAAGAUCAUGGGGCUAGAGAUAUGCGCAGACACUAUUGUUGGGGAUGAAAUGAGAAGAGGAAUUUCAGGAGGGCAGAAGAAAAGAUUAACCACAGCUGAGUUGAUUGUGGGCCCAGCAAAAGCUUACUUUAUGGAUGAAAUAUCAAAUGGUCUGGAUAGUUCUACUACUUUCCAAAUAAUCAGUUGUUUCCGGCAACUGGCCAACAUUAGCGAAUAUACGUUGGUUGUUUCACUUCUUCAACCAACACCUGAGGUAUUUGAUCUUUUUGAUGACCUGAUAUUAAUGGCGAAAGGGAGGAUUAUCUACCAUGGCCCGCGAAAUGAAGCACUCAGUUUUUUUGAGGAGUGUGGGUUCAAAUGCCCAGAAAGAAAGGGGGUAGCUGACUUUCUCCAAGAGAUUUUGUCCUGGAAGGACCAGCAACAGUACUGGUCUGGUCCAAAUGAAUCUUACAUAUACAUUUCACCUGAUGAAUUAUCAAGCAUGUUCAAAGAAAAUCACAUUGGAAGAAAAGUAGAAGAACCAUGUAUUCCACAGAAAAGCAAGUUCGGCAAGGAAGCUUUAGCACUCAAUAAGUACUCAUUACAAAAACUGGAAAUGUUCAAAGCUUGUGGAGCAAGGGAAGCACUCCUAAUGAAAAGGAGUAUGUUUAUUUAUGUCUUCAAAACAGGACAGCUUGCUGUUGUUGCACUCAUGACAAUGUUUAUGUUCUACCGAACUCGCAUGACAACAGACUUAACUCAUGCGAAUUAUUAUAUGGGAGCAUUAUAUUAUUCCCUCUUCAUGAUUAUGCUAAAUGGUAUACCAGAGAUGAGCAUGCAAAUUGCGAGACUACCAAGUUUUAAUAAGCAAAAGAGCUACAAUUUCUAUCCUUCAUGGGCAUAUGCUAUACCAGCUUCAAUCAUAAAGGUCCCUGUUUCCGUUUUAAAUUCACUUGUAUGGAUAUGCAUCACAUAUUAUGGUAUUGGUUAUACAUCAACUGUCUCAAGGUUCUUCUGCCAGUUGCUGAUACUUUGUCUUUUCCAUCAAUCAGUAACUUCACUCUAUCGAUUUAUGGCUUCAUACUUCCAGAGACCUAUUACAUCUUUCUUCUAUGUUUUUCUUGUCGUAUUUCUAUUGCUCGUGUUUGGAGGCUUCAUUCUUCCCAAAUCCUCAAUGCCAGGAUGGUUAAACUGGGGAUUUUGGGUUUCUCCAUUGGCAUAUGCACAAAUCAGCAUAGCUAUUAAUGAAUUCCUAUCGCCGAGAUGGCAAAAGGAAACUAUACAAAACAUCACAAUUGGGAACGAAGCCCUGAUUAAUCAUGGGCAAUAUUACAGUUGGUACUUCUAUUGGAUAUCUGUUGGAGCACUGUUAGGAUGUAUUAUUUUAUUUAAUACUGCUUUUGGAUUGGCACUAACUUACAUAACACCUAUAGAAGCAAGUCAUGGAAGCACUCCUAGAAAGAGCUUAUAUCAACGGCAGGAAAAAGAUCUUGUCCAAAAAGAAUUUGACGAUCAUUCAAAUACUCCCAAGGAAGCAAAGAUGGCUAUACCUGUUACGCAACUUGCAAUCACAUUCUGUGAUCUGAACUAUCAUGUUGAUACCCCACCGGAAAUGCUGAAACAAGGCUAUCCAGGAAGAAGACUUCAACUACUUGAAAGCCUGACAGGUGCAUUACGUCCUGGUGUACUUUCUGCAUUAAUGGGUGUCAGUGGAGCCGGGAAGACAACUCUGCUAGAUGUAUUAGCAGGAAGGAAAACAGGAGGUUAUAUCGAAGGGGACAUAAGAAUAGGUGGAUAUCCCAAGGUGCAAGAAACGUUUGUUAGAAUCUUGGGUUACUGCGAGCAAGUCGACAUACAUUCGCCACAGCUUACAGUUGAAGAGUCGGUUACUUAUUCUGCUUGGCUUCGUCUGCCUUCUCAGGUUGAUGAGAAAACAAGAUCGGAAUUUGUUGCUGAAGUUCUUAAAACUGUUGAACUAGAUGAAAUAAAAGAUGUCUUAGUUGGGACGCCACAGACAACUGGAAUAUCCAUGGAGCAGCGAAAGAGGCUAACUAUUGCAGUCGAGCUUGUGUCAAAUCCAUCAGUCAUACUAAUUGAUGAACCAACAACAGGAUUAGAUGCAAGGUCAGCAGCAAUUGUUAUUCGUGCUGUUAAAAGUAUUUCUGAAACAGGAAGGACAGUAGUAUGUACUAUCCAUCAGCCUAGCACUGAAAUUUUCGAGGCAUUUGAUGAGCUCAUAUUAAUGAAAAGUGGUGGGAAAAUAAUCUACAAUGGACCAAUAGGAGAGCAGUCCUGCAAAGUGAUUGAAUAUUUUGAGAAAUUUUCUGGUGUCCCCAAAAUAAAGAACAACUGCAACCCGGCCACUUGGAUGUUGGACAUAACAUCGACAUCAAUGGAGGUUCAACUUAGUAUAGACUUUGCGACUAUGUAUAAAGAAUCAUCAUUGCGGAGAGACAUGGAAGAGCUUGUUGAGAAGCUAAGUAGCCCAUUACCAAAUUCAGAAAAUCUAUGUUUCGCCAAUCGUUUCCCACAGAAUAGCUGGAUCCAACUUAAAGCUUGUUUGUGGAAACAAAACAUAACAUACUGGAGAAGUCCUCGAUAUAACUUGAUGCGUAUAGUGAUGGCAAUAAUAUUAGCCCUGUUCGUCGGAGUAUUGUUCUGGAAGCACGCAGAAAUAUUGAACAACGAGCAGGAUCUAUUGAAUGUAUUUGGUGCCAUGUAUACGGGUGUCAUAAACGUAGGUGCUUUUAAUGAGUUGUUAGUCAUACCAUUCAGUACAGUGGAGCGCACUGUAAUGUAUCGCGAGAAAUUUGCAGGAAUGUACUCCUCUUGGUCAUAUUCAUUCUCACAGGCUGCCAUUGAGAUACCCUAUGUAUUUAUCCAAGUGCUACUGUAUACGUUGAUAAUUUAUCCAUCAAUUGGUUAUUAUUGGACAGCACACAAACUCCUAUGGUUCUUCUACACCACAUUCUGUUCAGUUCUCUCCUAUGUUUACAUUGGCUUGCUUCUUGUUUCACUAACCCCCAAUGUUGAAGUUGCGACUAUACUGGCAUCAUUAUUCAACAACGUGCAAUCACUGUUCUCAGGUUUUGUUUUACCUGCACCUCGAAUCCCGAAGUGGUGGUUUUGGCUUUACUAUCUCACCCCUACGUCUUGGGUACUCAAUGCUCUCUUGACAUCCCAGUACGGGAACAUAGAGAAAGAGGUCGAAGCAUUCGGAGAAACUAAAGCGAUUUCGGUCUUCUUGAAGGACUAUUUCGGGUUUCAUCAAGACAAGUUGAGCCUAGUAGCUGUUGUUCUCAUUGCCUUUCCCUUUGCGAUCGUAAUUCUGUUUUCUUUGUCAAUUGAGAAAUUCAAUUUUCAAAAGAGGUAAGCAUGUGAUGUUCCAACAUAUUUCAAGUCGUAUCCUGUCACAAGUACAAGUACUUAAACAUUAUUCCUCCAACUACGGAAUGGAAAAUAAGAGAACCUAUUGGAUGGCUACCUUGUCAAA